GACUAUGGGCCUGUGGCUGCCGGUGCCCUUUUUCCCCACUCUUAAAAUGAAAAAUCAAAGCCGAUAAGGCAGUUCGUUCUGCUUACAAGAACUAGCCGAUAAGGCAGUCCGCGAACUCGAGAGCGAGCGCUUGUGAAAGCCUUUGCUCCCAUUGAACUCCAGGUCCAGGGUUCCCCUUCUGGAUUUCGUCUCUUCCCCUUGCCCUCGGUUGACGGUUGUAUACCUUCCACCUGCAAAAAGGAGUCGUUAGAUAAGCCAGUGACGGUGAGUUGGGGACUGUCGAUGCAAAAAAAGCCCUAACCGGUCUCAGAUUGGCCUUCUUUCUCCUCCAACGGCACUCUCCGAGUUUCCCCUUCCACACACAACCGAUUUCCAGAGCUUGCUUCGUUCUGCCCUUUACAGAAACAGAAGCACAAUCAACGAUUCACAGGACGAGCUGUCAAUGGCGUCUCACCUUAUCCGAGAAUGGACUGGAAUUCAGCAGUUCCCUGCUGCCACUCUGAGCAAAUUGCUUGAGUUGUUGGGGAAACUAAAACAAGAGAAUGUGAGCACGUUGACAAUUCUUGUUAUGGGGAAAGGUGGUGUUGGAAAGUCUUCAACUGUGAACUCCAUUGUUGGGGAAAGAGUGGUUGCAGUCAGUGCAUUUCAGUCGGAAGGCCCAAGACCCGUAAUGGUCUCGCGCUCACGUGCAGGAUUUACAUUGAACAUCAUUGACACUCCUGGGCUUGUAGAAGGGGGAUAUGUCAAUGACCAGGCUCUUGAGAUCAUAAAACGUUUCCUUUUGAACAAGACUAUCGAUGUUCUGCUCUAUGUUGAUCGAUUGGAUGCAUAUAGAGUGGAUAGUCUGGACAGGCAGGUAAUUAAGGCUAUCACUGAUAGCUUUGGUAAAGGAAUCUGGAGCAGAGGUCUGGUUGUCCUCACUCAUGCUCAGCUCUCCCCGCCGGAUGGGUUGAAUUAUGAUGAUUUCUUCUCCAGAAGAUCCGAAGCACUUUUGAAAGUUGUUCGGAUGGGGGCUCAGAUUAGAAAACAGGAAUUCCAGGAUUCUUCCAUUCCAGUUGUUUUGGUUGAAAACAGUGGGAGAUGCCGCACAAAUGACAGUGGUGAAAAGAUUCUUCCAAAUGGCACUGCUUGGAUACCAAACUUGGUUAAAACAAUCACAGACGUUGUUUCUAAUGGUAGCAAGGCGAUUUUGGUGGACAAGAAAUUGAUUGAAGGACCCAACCCAAAUGAUAGGGGAAAGUUUUUUAUCCCCUUGAUCCUGGCUUUUCAGUAUUUCUUUGUUGUAAAACGGAUUCAAAGAGCAAUCAAGAAUGAUAUUGCAAAGGAGAGUAAGCCUCUGUGGGAGCUGCGGGACAUGGGUUUGUCUAACCGCAAGUUCUGAUGUGGCUCAACGUUGAACCUUUCUAGUUUUGGUUUUCCUUUUGGAGAAUUUGUCACUGCUUUUCUGCCAGUAGCCCAGUACGCACUGUUUGUUUUCCAAUGAUAGAGUUGGUAGUAAACUAGUAAUUGUCAGUAGCAGCAGCACACCUCUGCGGCAGAUGGAUUUGAGAAUACUGAGAUAACGUUUCCCUAGUGUAUUUCUAUUUUCUCCUGUUUUGGAUAAUAAAUUUUCGCUGGUUGUCUACUUUUGCUUUUUA